GAACUUAUGCUGUUCAUAUUACUAACUUGAUACCACCGCAUCCCAAACACAGAACCAGAGUUUUAGACAAUAGCCAUGUGUCAGACUUGGUAGAAAGUUUCAGGAAUACCAGCAUGGGGCAGUUGAUAGUUAUGUUGGGCUUAAUUGAUAAGGACAUUGAUCCUGAGUCAUAAGCUAACCCAUGUCAGGGUUCUGUAGAAUGCCUAGGUGGCAAUCACACACGUCAGGCCAUGCAGACUCUUUUGGAGGAAGGUACCCUCCCUUAUAGCACCGUGCAAGUUAGACUUUAUAGUCAACUGUCACGGGAGAUGGUUCUGUCGUUGGGCUAUGCACACAACACUGUAACACAUGAAAGGAACAAAAUUGUUAGUUUUAUUGACAAAGUCAGAUUAAUGCGAGAUUUGCUUCCACCAAACCCUGAUAAAGAGGCCAUCCUUGUCUGGAAGAAUGCUUUGGCACUUAUAUUCAAGAAGAAGGAUCCAAGAAAACUGCAGCAAGCCUUUGCUAUUCACCUGCAGAUGGCAAGACUUCCCGAGCCAACUUGGAGCUUUAUUGUGUCAACAACAACCAAAAUGAAUGUUACACAGCGGUUCUUUGUAGACAGUAUGAAAUUAAAGUUGGAAUUCGCUGAAGAGGCCUUUUUAACAUUGACAAAGGGUGAAAAAGCCUUCAAGAUGGAGGUAAAGAAAAUGUUAGCAGAUCAGUCAAAGCUGAAAAAACCAUCAAAAGAGGGAACAAUAAGAACAACCAAAAAUACAGCUAAACAGAAGGAACCAGAAAACAAUGAAAACUGUGUGUUAGUCACGGAGGAUCAUGUCAGUAGUGAGGUUGAAAGUUAUGCUGAAGCUGAGAUGGAAGAAGAUUACAACAGUCAGAUGAUUUGUUUGAAG